UAAAAAAAAUGCACAAUAAAUAAUAAAUAGUUUACAGAUGUUAGAAUAAUAGUUGAUUUAAGUUAGUUAGAACAGCAUCCAUUCCCUGCUGCUGGCGCGUAGAACCUGUUGCCGGGCAACCUGCUGAAUGCUGCCUGUGUGUUUGUUGAUAUUGUUCAAAGCAACGAGGUAGACAACAGAGAGCAGCACAACAAAAAAAGCAACUUCACGUUACAGCAUCGAAAUGAAGUCUGCUAGAUUUGGCAGGAGCGUGUCGUUCAGCGAGAGGAGCUUCACCGCGGCGGAGGGAUGUCUCAGCAUGUGCGGGAUGUGUCCAUCUUGCGCCUUUGCCCCCGAACCACCGGCUUCCACUCGGUGCUUGUGGACGGUGUCGGAUGAGUUCAAGAGGAGGUUUCUUGUGGAGCUGCUUUUACGGUGCAGAAACACCCAGCUGCUGGAAAACGUCCGGAAUAUGCUGGAUGUAACGUCGUGGACUUUAUUCACCUACGCCAGAUCCAGGAGCCCGACUUCUCCUCAGGAUUUCCCCUGCCGCGGUGGUCCAGAGGGGCCGCUGGACGGGAAACCACGGGGCAUGAACAUGAGUCAGAUCUGGGACUGGUUCAAUGGCAGCCCGGACUGGAUCAAAUCACGAUAUCUGUGCCGUCUUUUUUCACUUUGUGACUCGGAGCUAUUACGCAUGGUGUCUAAUUUGACCAGCGUGCUUCUGGUCAGACAAAAACGGGGGUUUCUGCAGUUUAAUGUGAAAGGUCGCAGUACCAAUCAACGUGAUCAAGAUGAGGACUCAGAAGACCCUGCUCUCAUGGUAGUGCCUGGAUCCUCCAAGUCUGUGUCUGGAGUGAGCCGAUACCGAGAUUUCAUAGGCUGCCUACCUGUUGAUCUGUCAAAGAGGAUAUUAGGUCUGUUAGGUGAGCACGCUUUGAGGCGCUGCCACAAGGUUUGUCGAUACUGGCAGCACCUUGCACAGGAAACCACAGAGGAAAUCAAGCUCAGAAGAAUUUUCCAGGAUCAAAUUGAGGCAAUGAUGAAGAGGUGCAGAGGUGUUAAUAUAGUCAGUCCUACUUACGCCAACAUUGUCAAAGUCCCUGUUCCUGCCAAGGAUGAUGAGGAAGUGGAUGUUCAUCCUAGUGUGCACAAGGUUGAGCCAUUUGCAACUGCUUAUGCCAAAAUCAAGACCAAGACAGUGCAAAUGGAAGAGAGAAAUGUUUACUGUGGCGCAUAUUUUACCACAGUGCUGCUGGACAAAGAAGAUCUUCUGCGGGUGGUGGGCUACAAAGGCGGACCGUUAAUGGCCACGAGUACCAAGGACCGCGCGGUGAAUCUGCUUUACGUGGCGUCAGAAACAAAAGUCGUAUCUGUGAUGAAGGGCCAUGUUGGCAGCAUUCGGGCAGUGCUGCUCUGUGAGGACAGAGACCUGGUGAUAACCGCGAGCUGCGACGCAAGUAUCAGGUGUUGGAAUUUGAAGACAGACAGGUGUGUGAUGGCGCUGUAUGGUCACACUGGCACUGUCAACUGUCUGGAUGUCCACGAUGAUAGACUUGUCUCAGGAGCCAAAGAUUGUCUAGUGAAAGUGUGGAGUCUACAAACAGGGAAGCAUUUUGAGGAUUUUAAUUUCAAGCACCCCAGUUCAGUCCAGUGUGUAAAGAUCAACCAAAGAGCCGUCUAUAGCAGCUGUGAUCGGGGCCUUGUCAAAAUAUGGGACAUGGAGAAGGCAUCGCUGCUCAGGGUGAUUGAUGCCCACAGGAGCUCAGUGAAGUGCCUGUUCAUCGACGAAUGGCACUUCUUAUCUGGGGACGCUAGCGGUCAGGUCAUGGCCUGGAGCAUCAACAAUGACGCUAAACAGUCGCUUAUGACUUUCAGCCACCCAAAGGAGGUAAAAUCUCUCACUCUCGUCUACCUCCGUGUCAUUACUGGCUGUCUUGAUGGAAAGAUUCGCAUAUUUAAUUUCCUCACCGGAGAUUGUCUCAGAGACAUAACGGCAGAGGCUGAAACAGGCCGAAUACUGUCCCUGCACUUCCAUGACAACAGUAUCUUAGUGAACACGACGUCCAGUGUGAAGCAAUACCAGUUUGCCAAAGUGUUUUGGGACUACACGGCGUCGACAGAGGGGGGGCAGGGUGAUGUUUCUGAGAAAUCUGCAGCUUUGCUCAGAAAGAUUCCCCUCGCCUCUGUUGGGGCCGAUCAUUCGGCAAAAGUUGAUUUAACCAACACCACCUUCCUGCCUACCCCCGCUAAAUGGCGAGCACAAGCCAGAGAGUGCUUUGCUAAACGGUCGGUGAUGCUGAGCGAGAAGGCAACAAGUGAACGGAUAAAGAAGAGGGGUCUCCACCAUCCUCUGACACGUGACUCCAUCCUCCUCAGGGUCAAUGCAAUCCAGAAGGCCCAGUGCACGGACGAAGUGAGCAUCAACAUGGAGUGCAACGCCAGGCUGCGAGAUUCCUGGGACCCUCUGGAUCCUCCGCACUCCGACCUGCAGGUGCUGAAACAGAGGCUGCAGACUCCGAUAUAUCCACUGUGGCACACACAUGGCGGUGAUCCCCGAAGGGCCAAGACCUGUGUACCAAUUUCAAAGAGAGCUGUUGGUCAAAAUGUGACAAACACGAUGCAAGGCAGAACGGAGCCUCGCAGUGCUAACACACACAGGGCAACCAAGAGAGUGAAUGGAUGCGAUACAAGGGCUCCUGAGUGCAUGCACAUGAGAUCACAACCUAAUCCAAAAUGCUCCAUGAAAACUAGUACCAGCUUUCCGAGAAUCAGCGCUGUGAGUUCAUUCAGAGAGCCGACGGUUCUCACAGUGAACCAGCUGGAAGACUGUAUCCGGUCCAAGAGGGAUCUCAUGCAGAGCUGUGAGCAAAUCCUGUCCAAGAGGAAUACGAAGCAGGAGAAAACAGUGUGAAGAAAGUCACAUGUGCAUCAAUAGAUGAAAAUGUAUUCCUUUUUUAUGAUAAUGUGUUAGCAGAACUCCACUCACCACUGCACGGUGGGUGUCCUGGACAUCUUUGUUGUCCAAGGCACCCUGUUUUAUAAUGUGUUGCUUCAUUAAAACUCCACUAGGGGUCAGUAUUGUAUCACCUGAUUGUUACUGGAUGCGGCUCCAGGGUUAUUAUAAAGUAGUUUCCUUUAAGUUUUAUUUUUUAUGGUUCUUUAUACUUUAUUUCGAGUCAGAUUAUUUGUAAUUUACAAUUAUUGUAAUUUUCUUUUUUUGAUAUAUUAACUUAUUAACUACUAAUACUAACAUAGUUAUAUUUAUAAUAGGAGGGAGAAGCCAGUUUUUAUGCAGUGUCUUUCACAUAUUUCAGGUAAUUUUUGCUUCUAGAGUUUAAUUUCAGCCAAACUUUUGAA